AUGGAUGCCGCGCACAUUUUCCGGCAGGGUCUGGGCACCGUUGCUCCCCGUCCGAACCACGGCUAUGCUCAGCCUCGGAGCUUGGUCCAAAGUCCCGAUGACUUCUUUGACGGCGAUACCUCGAGCCACCGCGUUGCUCACACGCUGACUGCAUGCUGUCGUUGUCGCCAGCGGAAAACAAGAUGCGAUCCUACGCUACCUCGCUGCCUACCCUGCGAGAGGUCGGGAUCUGUGUGUGAAUAUCUCGACACCGCAAAAGGCCGCAAGAUCAAUCGCCGCUAUGUAAUUACACUUCAGGAUAAGGUCAGAGCCCUUGAGGCGGAACUGGGGCAGUACACCGAUGAAGACGGCGACCAUCCUCCAACAAGCGAGGAACUAGUCCGUCCAGGCGGGAUGAUUCGUCUAGGCGGCAAUGACGAGACACCCCGUUACCUGGGGCCAACCAGCGGUAUCGCCAUGACACGACUGCUCAUGGCUGAGGCCAAGCGGUUUACCGAUUCUAACAAGAUUUCUGACCUCAUCCCCGAGGUUCGGGCUAGGAGCCAAGCUCGCAUGCAAUCCAUCCAAAUGACCGGAUCGGGGAGUAGUAGGAAGAAGAGCUAUCCCAUGGUCAGUGAAUGUCCGGCCGAGGGUCUUCCUACCCGGGCGGUGGCCGAUAAGCUGGUAGAAAUUUACUUCAAAAAGGCUCAAAUCCACUGGCCUGUGCUUCACGAGAAGGUAUUCCAAGCAGACUUUGAUGCUGUCUAUAAUGGUGAUACAGAUGUGUACAAAAACUUUACCGUUCGCAUGGUUAUCGCCGUCAGCUUGCAGAAAUUGGACACGCAAUAUGCUGGUUUGGCCGACGGAUACUACAUGGCGGCAAUGAAAUACGUUGAAGACAUUAUUCGCCCCAAGGACCUCAAAACGCUGCAGUGUCUCAUCCUCAUCGGGCAAUAUUCGCUGCUCACCCCGACACGAACGCCCGUCUAUUAUGUUAUUGGACUGGCCACCAGAAUCUGCCAGCAAGAGGGACUGAUGGAUGAAAAGACCAUCACUUCGGGUUACAACUUGGACCCCCAGAUCAUCGAUAUGCGCCGGAGACUUGCAUGGAUAAUCACCACCAUGGAGUUUGGGCUUUCCUAUUACAUGGGCCGUCCCAGUGCAUUCGCCCUCAACAGCGACCGCUUAGAUGUCGAGUUCUUUUCCGUCGUCGACGAUGCAAACAUUACACCCCAAGGAAUUGUCCCUGGUCCGCCUAACGCACGGAAGGUUGCAACCAUACAUUUUUACAAAAUGACGAAUCCGCAGUCUGAAAUCAAGAGAACUCUCUAUGAAAGGAAGAGGCCGGAGCCCAAAAACGAUGAUCACCCGUGGUUCCAUAAUAUGGAAAGUACGCUGAAGGAUUGGUUGGAUGCUGCACCUCAAGAACCUCCAUGGGCCAAGUCUUGGAUUUCUGGAUUUUAUCACCAGAUGAGGGCUAUGCUAUAUAGACCAUCUCCUCAAAUCCCGCAGCCAUCGCCUCGUGCAGCGCAAAUCUGCUAUGAAUCUUCUGCCGCCACAAUUGACCUUGCCCAGAAGCAACUGGCCGGCGAUAUGGUGGAUAUCACUUGGGUGUUCCUUCUGACCAUAAACCUGGCUCUUAGCACACUCCUAUGGACGAUAUCCUAUCCCGAAGUUCGACGUAAUCACCCUCGGGAGGAGGUUGAGGAGCUGGUCAACUCAGCAUUGGAGUCUCUAGACCGGUGUGCAGAGCGUUGGCCCGGGACCACAGCCACUUCACAGCUCUACACUAUAUUUUCCAAAGCAUGCCUGCAAAGCUACGACGCACAAGUGAAACUUGAAAGAGAGCCAUUUUCCUUUAGCAGCCCCCCGGCGUCAAGCGAGUCUCAGUCCUCUCCCGAAGGCUACGCCCAGUCAAACGCCACUACUCCCCGGCCUCUCCCCUAUCUCAACCCUCCGACGUUUGGGUACGUUUUUGACUCGUCCCCCGAGUCUAUGAACAAUUACGUCUUCGACCCCAACUACCCUCCUCCGCAACCCACCUUCCGCUCAAACUCCAUCUUCUGCAACCCGGCUACAGACAAUGGCAACCGACGAUUCUCUUACUUCCCCCCUGAUGCCACUCACAUGGGAGAAUCUGGAGGCCUGGAAGAUCCUUCUCACGGGAUCCCUAUACCAGAUCACAUAGCCCAUCAAUUGCAGUCACCGCCGGAUUCAUUCAUUCAAGCCAACAUACCGACCUCUAGACCAGGGCUUUCGCCAUCGGCAAUGGCGAUCAAACAGACAUCAAGCGCCACACCAAUUAACCCAUCGCCUCUUUCAGCGCAGAGCAACAUGUCACCGCCUCAAAAACCCAUCAUGGCACAACAGGUGUCGCAGUCCCAGCCCCAGCCAACAUACGCCGCCGCACGCAUGGGCAUGGGACAACAACCAGUUCAUCACCAGCGACCGCUGCCACCUGCACCAACAUCCGCAUCGGAUUGGUUCGCCCCUCAGUCGCAAUUCAUGUCGCCGUACAACUUUGUCACCUCGGGCGGUGGCUAUUUCAACGAGGCCAUGGCGGGCAUGAGCGGAUUCGGAGGAUCGCCGGGACCUGGUUUGGGGCUUCACAAUAUCACUGCGCAGCUUGAGGCGGGUGGCAUGCAGUUUGGCUAUUCGCCCGGCAGGCAGGGCAGCCUGUCCCAGUCGCAGCAGAUGGAGCUCAUGGAGGACUUGGAGAAGGACGGCGUAAGUGCUAUGGAUGCGUACCUGCAGGAUAACCCGAUGAAUGGAAGGGGGUGGUACUGA